UGGGAUGGUUUUCUCAGAAAUCAUUUGUGUGUAAUUUUUAUAACUGAAGAAAAGAUGUCAGGUUACAACUGUAUAUAGCUAAAAAAAAAAAAAAAAAAACAUACAAACAAAAGCAAAUUGAAAGCUACAGUGCCUGUAAUAAAACACAAAUCAACAUAGUUUGCAUUUCAUCGCAUACGCAAUGCAUUGCCUAGGUUCACAGAACAGUGUUCAUGUUGUUAGGAAUGCCAGUUUCUAAACCGGUUAGUGCUUUUGGUCUGCCUAUAAAUAGCUUUGGCAAGUUAUAUUUUAGUCUGUUUUACUUUAUGAUACGAAUAUCAAUCGAUAAAUCUAAGUGUAGCCAAACUUUUGAAAUGUUAUUUUAAAACAAGUAAAAAAACAACAGCAGAGUAUAAGCUACUCACCUGCUCAUAAGACUUCUCUUUUAUGGUUCUUUUAAAGUCAUAAGACUUUUUUUUGAUAUCUGUCUUUUUCAUUAUUGGAGGAGUUUUGAUAUUGUUUGAUAUAGUGAGAUUCGCACUGAGAAGGCGAUCGUCUGUAUGUAACCAUAAGCACAGUGCUGUACCUCAAGCCAAAAUAACCAUAACCAAAACCAUGUUGCGACAGUAUUUUUAUGCCUCAACUGCUAAUGGGCCAAAAGUUACAAAGAAUAUCUUUAAGUGUACUUAAAUAGUGUUUCUUAACACACUUUAAUACACAAAUGUUAAUGUCAAAUUAAAUGUUUUAAUUUAAAAUACAUUUUAAAUCAUUGUUUUAAAAAUCUAGUGUCAUGCUUUAAAGAAGUAGAUAUUUUGAUGGGCACAUGCAUAUAAAUAAAUUAUACAUUGAACUAUAGUGUGUAAACUGAUACCUUAUCAUGACAUAUGGAUAAUUCAAAUUACACUUAAACACAUGACUUACAAGUUUCAAUAGAAAUGGCAUUCAAGUAUAUUUUAGUUUAUUAUAAAUGCUUGUGGUAACCAUAUUUACCAGAUUUAACCAUAUUUUAAAGACGUAUUUUAGAAGUUAUUAUGAAAUUGCAUGAAGAUGUACCUAGUCAGAAAAAGUGCAGCUAAUUGCAUUUAAUACAAAUUUAAACUAUAAUAAUUUAUAUUUAACUUCAUAAAGCAUCUGAAACCAUUCAGUUUGGGGAUCUGAGCCUUAUCUAGAGACCAGAAUAACAGAUAUGACUGGGCUCUUUUGGCAGUAAGCAGCUUCCCAAAACACCUUAGCAACUGCAUCGCAAUAUGCUAAAAACUAAUUUACAUAAGCAAGCACCAUUUCUAUUUUUCUUCGGAAAAUGUAAAAUAUACAGUAAGCAGAAAAGACAGCUAUUUUUAGCUUUUGAUAGAAGUUACAGAACAACAAAACACUGUUUUCUCACAAGAUAAUUUUAUUGCAAGAAAAUUGUCUGCUUUGUGAAUGGGCCUAGUGUCACAUGCUUAUUGGCGUCUUUGCCAUUGGCAUCAUAAAUUUAAUAAUUACCCGCAGUAGAGAUGAAGUCAUCUCGGUCCCUCAAGUUGGUGGGCAAUAAAACUGAUUACACGUUCAGGGUCACUAUAUUGUCUUUGAUGAUAUAUCUGACAAGCUUUUUCUCAAGUGUCAGACACUAAUGUGGAAGUUGUCAAUCACUGACAGACAUAGAGCCGUUUCAGCUGGAGUGCAUCUCUAAAUCAAGGUAAAAACUAAUUCAUUCAUCUAUGAUGCUGAAGAAUUGUGAUAAGCUUCUGCGGCCUCGAGAACAAUAAAAACAGUGUUGAGUAUAAAAAAAUAAAAAAUAAGUCAUCAUCACAAGAAAACACGCUUAAUGCUGAUAUAAACCAAAAGGAAUUUUGUUUUAUCUAAAAGUUUUGAUCAUGAGAUAAAGAAAAAAAAUAUAUUGCAUGGCUUCAGUAUAAAGCCCGGUGCAAAUAAACCUCUUUUACCAGGACACCUGUGUCAAUAUUAAUAUCAGGCUGAUCUACAUUACCCAUCAAAAUUAGUUUCUAUCAUAUUAGGGCUUUUAACAUCUGCAUCUGGCUGAAAUGAUUGCGGGUUGAGGUCACUGUCAUUGUCACUGAGUAGUUGAUGUUUUGUCAAACAAUUUGUUGGGCAGAUUAUCUAAUGCAUUUAUAAAGUAGCCUGUUUAAUUAUUUAAUUUGAAAUAUUUAUCAACUAAUAUUUUAUAGGUAACAUUAAGAGGUACAUUAUCAAGAAUGUAGCUAAAGUCAAGCACUACAGUUUAUUAAUAUUAUCAUAAACUGCACUGGCCAACAAUUUGCUAAAAUAUCCAUGUGACAGACUAGAUAGUAAAUUUGACAAUUUGUACAUUUUACGGUUGGUCCAUAUUUAUUCUAGCUAUUUAAAGGAAUAUUCUGGGUUUCCUGCAAGUUAAGUUGAAUCACCAAAUGUUGGUUACUUUUAUUAAAUUAUAAGCGGCACAUUUCUGCUUUUAAAUGUCUCAAAAAAAUUUGGCCCCAUUCACAUUUGCAUUCACAAGUUUUUAGUUUUUUUGUUUUUGUUUUGAGAUUAUCAACAUUAUAUCACAAAUACUCAAAUUGUAUUUGGCCGUAUUUUCAUUUACCUUGCAAAGGUUCAUUUAUGGUUUACACAACCCUGUGUUGCCAUCUACCUAAAUGUCUAGCUUCUUCCUAGUAGCACCAGAAUUAGCACCACAGUCUGAAUGGGUGCAUAGCCUUUAACACCAAAAAUGAGAAGUGUUGUGAAAGUCUGUUUAUUUUCCUAUCCUACCUAUGCUCAGUGCUAAAAGAAUAAAACAGAAUAAGCCGAAAGCACAUAUUUGGGUCAUGACCAAACAUUAAAAAUCCAUUGCAUAUCAUAAAAUUAGUCAUCUGCUUAUUUUUUAUGCAUUGAGAAUUGUAUUUUUUUUUUUUUUUAACGUUCAGCAGUGUUGUAACUUGCAUUAAAUGUCUAGUCAUAACAAGUCAUAGGCAUCCGUUGCACCAAAAGUUACCCAACAAUACAGAGUAGGAUGGGUGCAAAAUGCACCAUGUUGAUACAUACAACUUUCAUGGCAUUGCAAGGCAGUAUAAAAGAUGGCAAAUUCACCCUCAUUUAUUUACCUAUCUUUAUUUCUGGUAGUAUAUUAAGCUUGAAAGUGAUGUCGUAUCACUGCAUGAAGGGUUAAUUUGAGGCCUAUCUGGGUUAUGUUACUGACUUCUGAAGUUCAUGGGCAUUUUGUAACUUUAUCUUACACAAUGACUGUGCCAUUGCAGCAAUAUGGGGAGGAUUACUUUUGUCAUUGUAAUGCAAGGGCACAAACUCCAAUAAAGCAUAGACUGGUGUAACAAUCAGAAAAUACAACCCUGUUGAUCAGAACACAGGGGAAUGAGUGGCUAAUAUUGUAUGUUCGAGUGUAUUAUACAUCUCAUUAAUAAACAAACGCACUGUAAUAGGAUAAAUCUGUGAGGGUUGGCAAUGCACAAGACAAGACAACCAUAAAGACCAAGGGCAACUUUGAAGAUUCUGCAUGAGGUUAGAUUGUGGCCAGAACAAAAUGAAAUGAGUGGCUAACAACUGACCUCUUCCGCUGCACCACCACCACCAGCAAACUGUAGCAUCUAACCAGUGCCUCUUCACCAGCCUGACACACAACGCACCCACAUACACACAAUUACCCAACAGAACACCAUCAGACUGUGACAUCAGGUGCAAGGGGAUGACCGAACGCAUUCACCACAUUAAUCUCCACAACUUUAGCAAUUCUGUACUUGAGACCCUCAAUGAGCAGCGAAACCGCGGGCACUUCUGUGACGUGACUGUUCGGAUCCAUGGUAGCAUGCUGCGAGCUCACCGUUGUGUGCUGGCUGCAGGCAGCCCCUUCUUUCAGGACAAGCUGCUCCUGGGCUACAGUGACAUCGAGAUCCCCUCUGUGGUUUCUGUACAGUCCGUCCAGAAACUGAUUGACUUCAUGUACAGCGGUGUGCUGCGGGUCUCCCAGUCCGAGGCCCUGCAGAUCCUCACAGCUGCCAGCAUACUUCAGAUCAAGACCGUUAUCGAUGAAUGCACCCGCAUUGUUUCACAAAAUGUUGGCAUUGCUGGACCUGGCAGCUUUUCCGUCGUCCCAGGCGACUCGGGGCAGGAGACACCACGGGGAACUCCUGAGUCAGGCACGUCUGGUCCCAGUAGUGAUGCCGAAUCAGGCUACAUGCAAACAUCUCACCAGAGCCUUGACCGCGUUUAUUCCUCACUUUAUUCCAGCUGUUCUGGGUUGGGCCUGCAAAACGGUACCCGUGGAAAUCGCUCCCACUAUUCCAGCGCCGCGAUGACAGCCAGCUAUGACUCACCCCUUCCACUACAGCAUAAGGAGGGAGGGCAAGAUCCUGCCUGGAUCACACGCAUCCAUGAGCGUUCGCAGCAGAUGGAGCGCUUCUUGGCCACGUCGGAGACUACACACUGCCGUAAACAGCCUCGUCCCGUGAGGCUCCACACAGGUGAUAUUCACAUCAAGCAGGAGCAAGGGGACGAGUACAACUGCUAUGGGCUUGACUGCCGUGAGGACAGCGAACAGCUGGAGUGCGUCGAAAGUGAGCCCAAAGGCGAGAGUUUUGACUCCGGUGUCAGCUCUUCCAUUGGCACGGAAACGGAUUCUGUCGAGCAGCCUUUCUUGUCUGGGUUCACUCGAGACAACUGUCCAAAUAAAGGCCAGCAAGGUGAGCGUGGAACCCCUGUGCAAAUUGAGGUCAACGAUUCAUCUCCUGAGCAGACUCAAGAGUCGGUUGAAGACGGGAAUAGAAACGGUCCUUCUCAAGAGAGUGGUGAGCUUGUAGUCCAUCAGCCGUCACAAGCCAACCUAACAGCACCACAGUCCAUGCCUGGUGGGCCGUACCUGCGGCCAGGUGAGCCACUUACCAGCAACCUGCGUAUGCCCCUCACCCUGACCAGCAACACCCAGGUUAUAGGAACUGCAGGCAACACUUACUUGCCUACACUCUUUGCAACCCAGUCAGCCAGCGACAACAAGCCUUUCCUCUUCAGUCUGCCCCAGUCCAUUGGGAGUCAGCCGCCACAAUUUGUGGCAGUACCCUCUCCCAGCAUGCCUCCCUUCCCCAGCGGUCUGACGGUGCCACCAGGUGGAAGUCAGCAGCAAGGUGGUCCUGCAGUGGGACAGCAUGGGGAGAAGAAGCCCUAUGCAUGCACUCUUUGUUGUAAGACCUUUACUGCCAAACAAAACUACGUGAAACACAUGUUUGUGCACACAGGUGAAAAGCCACACCAGUGCAGUAUCUGUUGGCGUUCGUUUUCGCUGAAGGAUUAUCUCAUCAAACACAUGGUUACACAUACAGGCGUCCGAGCAUACCAGUGCAGCAUCUGCAACAAACGCUUCACCCAGAAGAGCUCGCUCAACGUCCACAUGCGCUUGCACCGUGGAGAGAAGUCCUACGAGUGCUACAUCUGCAAGAAGAAGUUCUCCCACAAAACCCUGCUGGAGCGCCACAUGGCCCUGCACAGCACCGAAACCGGGGUCACUGGGGUCAGUGUGGCUGGGAGUGCCGGAGGCCCAGCAUCAAUCCCGGUUCCGAUGGCUGUUCCCGAGCCGGGAGCGGUGGCUCUCGCCAUGCCGAUGGGAGCGGGCGGAGCAGGGGGUGGAGUCGGAAGCACCGGAGUGGGCGUUGCUGCAGAAGCGAGCUGCCAGGAGGGGACCACCUACAUGUGCUCCGUGUGCCCUGUCAAGUUUGACCAAAUUGAGCACUUCAAUGACCACAUGCGCAAGCAUGUCUCCGACGGAUAAGUACAAAUAAAAAAAACUUGCGUAAACAUGGAAAAAGAAUGAAAUGAUAACAAAAAAACGGCACUAGAUUUUUUUUUUCUUAUAUUGGGGCAUGAAGAGUAAUGAGUAUAGACACUGGCACAUUAAGUUUUCUAGGGAAAAAAAAAGAAGCGUUUAUUUCUUUUCUUUUUUUCUUUUUUUUUUGUCCUUGCUAUUCUUAAAGAAUAAAAAAAAGAUGGUGGCCUUAAGGCUGUGUAGUUGGAUAAUGAUCCACUGGCUGGAUCCAUACUACUGGCCUCUAAAUGUAUGCUUUCCUUAAAUACUGAUUUAUGUGUUGAACACUACCGAAAGGCCUGCGAAAGAACACACAAGAAAAAAAAAAAUUCACAUGCGCACACACACUCAGACAUACAAACACAAAUACACAUACACAUACCCAUGCAUGCACUCACAUGCACAAACUACUUAUACACACUUAUAUAUGUUAGAGGUAUUUUGUACGUAUGUGUAUUUGUGCAUGUGAGCGUGCGUGUGCACAGAAAUAAAUGUUGCAGUGAAUUUUUUUAACUUGUAGAUCUUUUCCCAUGUAGACCGUAUUGGACACUAUAAGCGUCCAAGCUUACUGUGGUAUAGAUUCAAAAACAAAAAAACAAAAUACAGAAAAAGAGAUUUGGCUCUAGAUUCAUUCUAAAAUAAUGAUGGUCACGUGUUUGCCUUUUUAUGUGCGAUAAGAAUAGGAGAGUUAUUCAAUUUGACACUGGGUUUUUAUUUAUUAUUAUGGCAUUGAGGGAUUAUGAUGUUGAUGUUGUCAAGGUACAAGCCAGUUUUACUAACUGUACUAAAAUUGAAAUUUUUGAGUGGCUUGAUGAAUGAAUGAUUAUUAUGAUUAUGACAUUUUCCUUUUCCCCCACCACCCUUUUUUCCCCGAUGGUUCAGGUCAAGUUUACAAAAAAAAAAAAAAAAAAAAGAGUUUAUCAAUGACAGUAUUCAAGCAAAAACUUUGAAUGCCGUUAAUAAUUUCCAGUUCAUUUUGCAUACACUGCCACUAAGAAGACGACUGUUAGUUGACCUCUUCCACUUCAAAACGAAGUGUGAUGAAGUUCUAUUUGCUCCAUGCUUUUUUUUUUUUUUUUUUGACAAAAAGAAAAAACGAAAAUGGCAGAUUUUAGUAUGCAAACACGCCCGAAAUCCAAGGUAAUUGCUGCUCCUCACAUGUUCACUUUGAGACUGUUAUCAGCUGUAGAAUCCAACAAUAUGUGGAUAUUUCUCUAAUUGUUAUUAUUUCUCAGUGAACAUGGGAAACGUUAAGCUAUUUGGAGCUAUGGGCUAGAUUAGAUCAAAAGUGAACUGGAUAAAAAUAACCUCCUAAAUGCAUAAAAAUGAUGUAUUUCCUAUUAGCGGCGACUACUAUGACUCAGUUGUUUGGGCCGGUGGGGUGACUAAAAUGCACUACUCCUGUUCCUAAAGCCCCACCUAGUGGCUCAAAUAGCCGUCCUUGUUUUUUGCCUGAUGGGAUAUACACAUAGAAAAGAGCAGGCGAAGGAUAUAGGGACGCAAGGCAACAGAAAAAUAAACAUCUACUGAAUCACAAUAAAUUUAACACGGUCAUUCUUCUUUAAUAUACCACAGGGAGAAAACUCUCCAAACAAUAAGAAACAUUCCCAAUUUUACAGAUAUCUAGAAAUUGUGUGUGUACUUUGGAAGUGAGUUGAGAAGGUUGUCUUUUUGGUGUUAUGUCACUCAGAAGCUCUGUGUUCUUAUUUGGUUUUGUUAUACACAUAUUUUAUGGAUAUAAAAAGACUCAUCUGCCGUGCAACUGCAAUUUGGCAAUUUUUGCUCACUUAUCUGAGUAGAUACACUUUUGGAGUGUAGUUAAAAUGAUGACAAAAUGUAUCGAUCACAAUUUAUUUAGACUUUUUCCAUUUGGGAUUUGGUCACAAGUUGUAGGUUUGAAAAACAGUGCUACUUUGCACAUUUGCUUCAAAAUCCUGUGCUUAAACAUUGAAUUGUUUUACUUAAGAAAUUAAAUUCUAUGUUUUUUUUAUUGUUUAUAAAGGAAAUAUCUUUUCUUAAAAGCUUGAUAAGAGGACUGCAUUGUUUUCUUGCAUAUAUGUUGCACUGCUUAAACCAAUAAGUGCACUACUGUUACCAGAGAUGUUCUAGUUUUAAGAGAUAAUCAUUUUUUAUCAAAUAUUUGGUUCUAUAGUUCACUUGUGUUUGAGUAGCUUUGUUCUUUUUUUGAUUAGAUGAUUAAAUGGCUUUUUAUCAUCACUUGCUAUUGUAUUUACUUUGUGCUGUUUAUGCAAGCGUUUUUUUUCUUUUUUUUUUUCUUAUUUAAACCAUUGUCCCUGGUCAGAUCCUAAUGAUUUAUUGCUUUCACCACUUCCAUCCCUUCCCCCAUCCCAAAACUAUCCUAAUGCAGUUAAUUCAUUGAAGCAAAUGCUCGGUUUUCUUCUCAUUCAUACCAAACAAAAAAAAAAAAAAAAAAAAAAACAAAAAAACAUAAAAAUCACAAAACCAAAAAAAAAAAAGAAGAAAUGUAGUGUGUGCCUAAAUAUAUGAUAAAUGUCCUUUAGAACAAGUACGUUUCUACGAGAGGGUCAUUGUGCAAAGCUUUUUAGUGCUGUCUAGGGAUCAAGCACAUUUAUGUAUGUGUUUGUAUGAGCAUGUGUGUGUAUAUUCCUCUGGUAUGUCUCUAUGUGUGUGCUGUACAAUUUGUGAUGCCUGAACUGUAGGGCUUCCUUUGCAAUAUGCAGUACAGGUACGGCAACAGUGACAACAUUUCAUUUUACAUACUUAGGAGUGCAUUUGGUAACUUUCUCAAGAACAAUCAUUACUAUUUUCCCUACAAUAAAUGACACAAGGAACAUGAUGCUGUUAAGGCCCUUGCUUUAAGUCUGAAUGAUACGAUCUGGCCUAACCCAGUGCGGUCAAAGUCAAUUCAAUGACUUCAGUACGCCUGUUAAAUAUUCUGUAUCGUUCUCCAGUGCUUCGAAACCAAACACCGCUUUUUAACUCAAUUAUGCUGCAAAGUUUGGCCACAGGCUGUGUUGUAUCAGUCUGAGGUGUUGCCUUUUUCAGUCGCUCUGGUCUUUUCCAGUCGAGUUGCAGAUCCCGUUCUUAUUUUACUUCAGCUUGGCGUACCAUUUUGAUGGUUGUGUUGAGUAGCUAAAUUAUCUGUUGGUGGUCUGUGGCGGUGGUGGUGAUGGUACAGUUGAUAGUUGAAAGAGUCUUGUCUCAUCCAUUUGUAGUUUUGUUGGUUGUGAAUCGUUUGUUGGAUCUAAAUGUUAUUUUUCCCAUUCAGUAACCGUCCAUAUGGAUUUAAACUGCAGCAAAAUGCAGAAACGUGUCUGUAAAGAAGGGUCAGGCCAGAAUAAACGUUAACAUUUCAACACAUUAAAGCACUUAAUGAGCGCUAUCAGAGAGCGGGGAGGGAGGGACUUACAUUGGCCAUCAGCUGUGUCUUUACAGAUAGCCUUAAUCAUGUUUGACUCAAGCGACCAAAUGCACUAUUGCUUGUGAAGGUGCUGUUGCAAUUUCUAGCGUUUAUUUUACACAAGGGAUAUAUAUUUAAGAGAAAGCAACCUUGCAAUACAGUAUUUGUAAAUUGUCUUGUAAAGGUUAUGAAGGACAUAUAGCUACAUGCAAAUCACUGAUUACUCUUGUCAUUUUGGUAUAGAUUCAUUCGGCCAUGCGUUUUAACCACGCAUGGAGGCAACAGCGUCACAGGUCCUAGUAUCAGGCUUCAUAUAUUAAAGCCGUCUCAUCUCGCUUGUGUUGUGAAGCUUUCAUGUCCGAUAUUACCAUUACUCUGUGUUUGUUCAUAUGUACAAAGGAAAAAGAACAGCGACAAAUUUUUUUUAAAUAAUGUUUUAUUUCACAGAGACUUUGUUUAGUCAAAAUUCAGUAGUUUGUGAAAGUGUACAAAUCUGCACGAAGAUGUUUAGACACAAUUCAGAUGCUUAAAUGUCAUAGUCUACUACCCAUUGCAUCUAGACUGGACACCGUUCUUGUGGGUAAAAAGCACUAUGACGAUCACUUCUAUGAGUAGUUCAAGUAGACUUUUUACAUUACUUACAGUAUAUAUUUACAGUUCAUAAAUGUAGAAUUAGCUUUUAUUUUUGUUUUCUGCUUAAAAUUGUAAUUUUACAAUACAUGUUCAUUUUCUUCAGUGUACAGUAUAGACAAAGCACUCUCUUUGCUAUUACAGUUAGUUUUUGUUGUAGGACUACAACCUUCUUUUCUUCUUGCUUUUUAACAAAGGUACUUUUUUAAAAACAAAAAAUCUUAAUUUAUAAAGAAUAUCUAUUCCUAGAGUAUAGACUUGUGGGCACAGAAAAGACCUUGGAAAACAUCCCCAAUAUCUAAGUAGGAGCGGAAGAGGUGAAUAUUAUUUGGAACAGCUAAAUGAUUGGUUGUCUUGUAAGCUUUUUCAUAACAUGCAAACUAUAUCAUGCAUCCUAUAAUGCUGGUCUGAGAAAACCCCAGUGAAAUGCUUCAGUCAAAUUCAGUCAGCCCAUUUUCCCAUCUCCAUAUUUAAACAGUCAGCUUCAAUUUAACAUCGCUGCAUUGAAAUCUUUCAUCUUGCAGUUGCUUUCUUCUUCGAACAAACAAAGACUUAAUCUUCUCUCUACACAAUGGUCAGACUAAUUCAAAACAAGCUAGAGAAUCCAUGUCUUCAUCAGCAUCUACAACAGAUAGUACUGUAACCAAAACAACACCUAACACUGUACAUGUGGAAUUUUACAAUGCCUCUCCUUUGUAGAAGAAAAAAAAAAUGAUGAAGUGCCUCUUUUUACAGAUCCAAGCUUAAUAAAGUUCACAGUAAUACUGUUAUUUUUAUUCUGUAAUAAUAAUACUUCACAAAACAGCAAAAACAAAACAAUAUUCACUGCCUAAAACAAAAUAAAACACACACACAAACAUAGUUUUCCAACUGUCGACACAGAUCCCUCUAUGAGGCAAGCAUGAGGACUACCAGCAAUAAUAAUUACAAAAUAGAUCUGAAAUGUCACAAAAAGACUUUGACUUGUACCAUUAAGGACCACUAAUAAGUAAGGGUGUUUUAUCAUGUUUUAACCCCUGAAAUCACCAAAAUGAAGCUUAUUUUAUACUACAAUAUACAAUGUUAUAUUGUGUCCAAAGUGCCCCUGUUAUAAUUAAUAAAUAAAAAAAAAUGUUUGCAUAUGUUUUAAUUUCAUUUCAUAUUUUUCAAGCCUGCCUUUAGAAUUUUGUAAGUUGCAUAUUUAAAAUGCCCUAUUGAAAAUGUCUGCCUUUUCAGUAUGCAUUUUAUUGGACAUUUGUGUAUGUGCACAAAACUAAACAAACAAACAAAAAAUGUGUUCUUCCUAUCCAAUUUCCUCUUCUUCCUCUCCGUUUCUUAGUUCUUUCCUAUAGAUGCUGAAUUUGCUUGAGAUGACGUCUUUCCUUUCAAAGAUGUUAAUGCUAUAUACUUUUGAGCAGUUGUUGUUAUACAUAAUCAGCAUAAUAUUGUGUAUGCCGUAACCAAUAUUGCGAUGUUUGUUUGAAAAGAGGUCAUUGUAGUUCUGAGAUAAGAUUUGCGAGAUUUUACAGACUACUCUGUAAACUUGAGUAUAGAGACAGUUUUUUGAAGAAUAUAACAGAGAAACGAAUACCAUUUUAAUCUUUGUAGUCAGUAGACAAGCAUAUCAUAUGUUCAAUACCAAAUCAUUUUUUUCCGCCAGAGGUUAGAUAUGUAAGCAUGCUUCAGAUUACACACUUUUCUAACACUUCUCUUUCUGCGUUACAGCUCUGAAUAUUGAUUAUAUGAUGUUCUACUGCUUGUAUCAUAGGCUCAAAUCCAAAGACAAAGCAUUUACUCUAUUUAUGACUAAAGAGUUUGUUCGUUUGUUCCUUUGUUUUUCAGAAACAAUAGAGAAUUAUACAUAUAUUUACAGGACAAAGUACAAUACAGAUUUUAACAGGAAAAGCAAGCAAACAUAAAAUAUCUUUAGAUGAAUCAUAUAUAUAUAUAUUUGUGUGUGUGUGUAUAUAUAUAUAUAUAUAUAUAUAUAUGAUGUUUCAGAUACAGAUACUGCAGUUUCUUUACUAAUCACACAAGGCAUACUUUUAAUAAUGAUGCUGACUACACAGUUUUAAAAGAUGACAUGCAUGAUUCGCUGAAAAUGCAAGUGUGCUCAUGUCAUUUGCAUUGCGUUGAGGAUCACUUUUUCGUGGCCACUGAAACAUGAAAUGUUCCUAGUAAGGGUUUGGAUCGAGGAAACGGCUAGUUUGCAUGCUUUUAGGGACACCCACAGUUUGCAACAAAGUCAUUUGCAAAAGUACUCAGUGGAUUGUAUUUAAGGGUCUGCAAGGAAUGGAGGGAGAGGUGGACAGAUGGUGGUGCUUGUGCUGGGCUGAGAGGAGUGGUGACGCCAAUUUUCAUAUCUGUGAGCUGUGUUUUGUGCUUUCUCUAUUUUCCACAACCACUGUGUAUACACCCUAAAGCAUCAAUCUGUCCUGUUAAAAUUGAAUCUCAUCUGCCUCUCUGUCAAGUUUGAUACAUGACGCCUCAGUUCACCAAUAACAGUGUUUUUGUAUAAUUAAUCAAACAAUUAAUCAACUAAACAGUCAGUUUAAGUAACAGACUGUAUUCUGCUGCAGUUUUAGCCUGUAAUGGAGUCAUAAUGAAGAAUUCCUAAACUAAUAAAUUAAAAACAUGUAAAAUAACUGUUGGUCUAAAUUCAGGAAUAAAUUUUUCUAUUAGACACAUUUCUAAACUUCCAUCACGUCUACAAAGUGUUUUCUUAUUUUAUUAUAAGAUAUGCUUACAUAAAAAAUUGAAUCAGCUCAUUAUAUACCAUAUAUUUGACUAACAUAAAAUGAAAUAAAAUUUGUGUAUGUGGUAUAUGCUUUUCAUAAUUUAAACUAAAAUUGCUUAUCACACUACAAAUAUCAUUGAUUUUUUUUAUUUUUUUAUUUUUACUUGACUUUUAAAAUGACAGGUUUGCCACCUCAUUUGAAAUUCAGAAUUUUAAAUGGAUGAAAUUAGCUUAAAUUUACAAGACAUUCUAAAUGACAUUGAGAAUGAUGGUUGACCCUGCUGUUACUGGUGAUCCGAGAUAGGUUUCUUGUUUCUGGUACAUUUGAUCUUUAGGACUCAAAGAACACAUGGUAGCUGCACAAUUUGAUGUCUGCAUUAAUUCCAGUGCACUGUUUUUGUGGAAGUUAACACAAAUUUGUGUGUGGUUUGCAAUAUACAAGUAACAUCAUCUUAAUGGGAAACAGCAAAUUUGAAACUGUAAAUUACACAUAUCUACAUAUAUUCCUUCGGCAGAUGCCUUUUUAUAUACAACUAGUCCAUACAGUAGAUUAGUGUAAUAGGUAAAGAUAGACAAUAUAUGUAACUCUUUAAUAAUAUAUAUUAAAUUGACCUGUUUUAUGGAGUCUUUUGUACUUUACAUAGUUCACUAAUAAACAAAACAGGAUUUCAGUCCAGCAGAUGAGCAAAUCUGUCCAUUCCAAAGUUUAAUAUUGAUAUUAUUUUUAUUUAGUGGUAAUUUGAUUUAGUCUGUUUCCAAAUUCAUUUAGAUUGACCCCAAAUUAUUGUGGAUGCUUUGAUUUCCCCCGUUUAUUCAACACACAAGAAAAGAUUUCAUACUAACUACUUAGACACUCGUUUAGUAAGCACCCAUUAUCUAUCUUUUUGAUAAGAAUUUAAUAUAGUUUUGAGGAACUAUCAUACACUUAAACACUCUAAAAUGUUUAAAUGGUUUUAAUCUAGCGAGCUUUCCCCCCAAUGUAUUUAUUUAUUUUCUUUAACUAAGAAUUUUGCUGCGUAGAAUUGUAAACAGCAAUAUAAAAUGCAAAUAAAAUAAGAAAAAUUGACAUGUUUGUAGACCUGUCAUAAAUUAAAUUUUAAAGCUUUUGAGAAUUUAAUAUGAAAAUGCUGAUUUGAACGCAGAUGUUUGGGGCCACUUAAUUGUAUUCAAAUACAGUAUGUCUAUAACAAAAUAUUUUUAUUUAAAAAAAGGCUUUGGGGAGUUUUUCAUCUUAUUGUUUUCCUUUUUUUGACUUUAUCCUUUAAUGUUUUAACCUUUAUUUUAACUAUUAGUAUAGUACCAAAUGUGCUAUUGCUUGAGCAACACAAAGAGAACAAAUUUAACGAUCCAAAGCUUCUAAAGUAAUUUGAACCUAAUUCAUUAAAUUAAGUUUUUUAAAUAUAAUUUAUCUUGGGCUCCGUAAAAGUUAAGUCAGAAAAGGUAAGUUUAUGUUAACACCAAAUAAUUACGCCAAUGUCAUGAAACACAAUGCGGAAAACAUCCUGAAAGUGGUUUUGACUAAAAUUUGAUCUCACUUGUGAAAUAUGUGCAUCAGUAUGUGCUAUGAUUACACAGAUGAUGGGUGGAAAAAUUCCCCAUCCCCAUUCUAUUCCACAUUGACUCAUUUCAUUAUUUUUUAAUUUGUAAAAAUUAAUUCAAAUAUUAUUUGCUUCAGUAACGUCAAACAUCAAAUCAAUUGAUGUGAUACAACAAUCUACUGAUGUGCUGUUUUUCCUCAUAUUUUUCUUUCUUCAUUAUUUCAGCUGCUCUGCUUCAUGCAAUGGUCGUUAAGAUUCACUUGUUAUUUGUCAGCAUGGACCAAGCGUUUUAUUUCUCUUGUUUGCAUGUAACCGUUUAUUUAAAGGUUAAUUUACCAAAAUCUGACAUAUAUAGAUCAACUCUAACAAAUUUUCCAACAGUGAUUUUUUUCCAACAUUAAAUUAAAUAUAUUAAAAUACAAUUAGUCAUGGUUUCUUUUCAUAUAAAUCAACCUAGAAGUACAGUACAAUUUUAUGUUUAAGGACCAAACCCCCCCACCCCCUUUAUGUUUUCUUUUUUUUGCAACAUAUAGUGAUAUCAUAUAAUCAAUGUAAAAAAAAAAAACAAGUGUAAUGUGAUUAUUUGGUUGGGAAUGCUCAUAUCAUAGUAGAAUUUUACCCCUUGACAAAUAGACAAUGUAGUAAAAUGCCAUGGGAUACUUUACUAGCUUAAUUCUGCUAAUGUGUUUAGCUUGUUUGGUUUAGAUACACGUUUAAUACAAUUUAAGUGACUACAUAGAAACCUAGCUGGCAUAAAAGUCAAAGUUUUCAAAAGAUUUUGUAUUUUCCACUGUUUAAAGCCAUAUCUUAACGCCUUGUUUUAUUCUUGCACUAGCACAUAAUUUAUUUUUCACAAAUUUCAUUUUCUUGGUUUUCAUAUUGAAACAUUUAAACUGAGCAAAUGUGGAGCUGUUGUAGUAAAGGUAUUAAACAUCUUACAGUAUUCAAACAACAACCUUUAAACGAAAAUCUACAGUUGUGAUUUUAAUUUGUGUUUAAAUUAGUUUGUCCAAUUUCUAUUACUGUUGUGAAAAAAAGUUUAUUUGCUUCAUAAUACCUGCUGUUUAGAGAUAUAGAAUAAGUUUUUUUAGUGCGUGUACAAGGCCAUUUCCUUUUAUUUUUAUAUGUCAAACACUGGACUAGAAUAAUUAACCAUUUCUAAGACAUCGUCAAGCCAAGUCAAAUUGUAAUUUCAUGAACACAAAGCAGCACAGAAUACAGAUUUGUUCUGACCAACACAUUCAGUUUGUUCAGCUACACAGGGUUGUCUACACUCAAAUAUCUCUCUCUAAAAUUAAACUGAACCCAUUUUUGUGGUGAAAACACCACCCUAUUUUUUUCCAGAAACUUUUUUUUUUUAUUCCACAAAAUUUUUGAUUUUUAAAGAAAACCCCUCUGCAAACUAACUGCAUGAUAAAAUGUCAAAAGGCAAACCACUUCAGUGAAUUACAACAACUGAAAGAAACCACUAAACAUAAACCACAGUCGAUCCCUGUAGUAGUCCUCAUUGACUUAAACCCAAAUACCACUUAUCAAACCAGAAAAGAAUUUUGCACUAAAAUUAUUCUUGGUCUUCUUUGAUAAAUAGCAAUAGAACACUUAACAUAAAACGAAUCAGUCAUGUGUGACAACAGAAGCUUUCUUUGCUCCUAAAAUAUGCUUUAUUUUUAUUUUUUUUAUUUUUUUUUAAAUACAUUUGCAUUAUUUGUUUAUAAAGAAACAACAUUGGACAUGUGUGGUGAUGCUGAGGCUGUAAAGUUGGAUAUUAAUACUGUUAAAGAAAACACAUAAAAUGUCUGCAUUUUAGGUACAUUAAAGUAUAUGCUUCCUGUUUCCUCUUGUGAUUGUUCUUGAACAAAUGUUUUUUUUUUUUUUUUGGUGUUUCAACACUAAUGAAAUAUUUAGAGGGGAAUAUUCACACAUGGCAACUUGUUUGACUCUUGCAAGAGAUGUGAGAGUCAGAGACAUUCAACUGAGUGCAAACAUAUACUUAUUGCUUCUUGUUAUUAUUAAAUGAGUUUUUGCUGAUCUUUUACAAACACUUUGUCAGUACUACCGUGUUUCUGGGACUGAGAUGUUUUGUCACUGAUCAAAAGUCGCAGUCUGGUUUGAAGCUACGAAUACAGUAGGAACGGUUCUUUUGGUUUUCUGCUGUGACAUGCACACACACAAAAUCUACUUAAAGUCAGUAUCCAUAAAGGAAGAAACUGAAACUGGAACAUCGGAAGUUUCCUAUGCCUAACUACAGGUGAUCAGUAAUAACCUCUAGCAAUUUAUACGUAGUGAUGGUUUUUGUUUUCUGGAAAUAGUGACUUUCCAGUUAAAACUGCUUUGUGGUGUUGUUGAAAGGUGUUGCAGUUUGUCUCAAUAUGUUGCGUGUUAGAGGAAGCAUAAGUAUGUGCCUUCAUGUAAUCUACUUGGUGAGCUUGUUUUUAUUAAGAAGCUGAAGCCAGCCAGUUGUGUUUGCACUAAAACCAAGUUGCUUUUGUGAUGUUGGUUAUUUGAGCAAGCUUGUUGCAUCACUUUAGCAGUAUGCAUGAGGGUGAUCCUUGGUAAGUUCUAGGGAUAGAGCUUGUGUCUUUUAACUUCUAAACUAGUGCAGCUUAGGAAAUUCCCAGAAUAAUAUCUCUGCUUUGUUUUAUUUUGUUUUGAUCAAAUCAUCCAACAACGUCAUCGUGUCUUGCUGUGGCAUAUUCCAUAUUGAAAAGAAACAUCAAACGCAUACAAAUACAAUAUUGCAUAUUAGAGUAUUUAACAUGUCUGUGGAAAAGACUGUCACACAUUUUUCUGAAUCGGUGAGAGUGCAUGAGUUCAUGAGGUCGCCUCAAGACUAUUGGUCAUGUUAAUAUUGGUUCUUUUGUGCUAUUUUUUAACUAAGUAAGUUUUUGUUGCAUUUGUAAUUUAUUUCUGUUUUGUUUAUUGAAACUUAAAAAAGGCCUACAUGCUUUUCAGUCUUACAAAUGCACCUUAUAAUCACCUGUUCCUGAACAGACAGGCCUUGUAAUAUCUCUAAUUUAGCACCUUACUACACAGCAUGAUUUCACUUUAUGCCACUUUUACUAUACUUCCAUGCAUAUGAUUUGAAAGAAAAAAAUAAAACCUUAUAUAUUUAGUGAAAAUAUUUAAAGGGAUGUGCCAAAGUUUGGAGGCGAUCUCCCUUGUUUGUAUGUUUAUUAUUACUUUUUAUUUUCCUUCUGCUUCAGUUAUUGCAAUGGUAUCUCAUGUAACCUUUCUUACAAAUGUGUUUAGAAAAAAAAAAAAUGAUUUCAGCAAACAGUAUCAUUACUUGCCAUUUUACAGUAAGCCCUGUAUUUUCACGUAUAUUUACCAGUGAUGUGUAUUUGUUAUUAAACAGAAGAUAGCCGUGAAAGCUUCAUUAUGUUACAUAAUAUUGUGACUUUUUUCGAAAAACUGUGAAGACUUGCAUAUACUUUAUACAGAAGUAUUAAGCCUUAAUGCAAAAGACUAAAAAAAAAUAAAAAAAGAGUGGAAGAUAACUGAUUGUUGCAAAGUAAGGAUGAUUUUUUUGUAAAUGUUACCAGCACCUUUUUUUGUAAUUUUCACUCUCUGAGGUAUUGUAAGUUCACUCUGUUUGUGAAGUUUGAAUAUGAAGGAAUAAAAAAAAAAUAGUACUUUCCUGUACAUUAAAGGA